AUGUCCGAAAACAUAAACAACAAUCAGGACAAUAAAAUUGCAAACCAAUCGAUGUCAUCGAAUUCGCCGCCGCCCGCCGCCUGGCCAAACUUUGAGGCGCGCCUUCUGAAGCAGACGGUGCACAGCGUCUGCCUCGACUGGACGCCCAGCCCUAAUCCCGCCCCAGUCUACUCUGUGGAGAAGUACCACAGGCGACACGGCUGGCAGCAGGUGCUCUGGACGAGCACUAGUCCGCAAACUAUCCACCAGCUGGAGGAGAACUUUGGCCAUCGACUGCGCAUCCGAGCGCUGCGGCCCGCACCGGAUGGCAGCCACUACGAGACGUUAGCCAUCUCGCCGGAUAUUAUUGCAACCACAGAGGCUGCGCUGCCGUCGACAAAUUGUUUGCAUCGCGCCAUUCGCAAAUCGCAGCAGUUUCUGGUGAAGCGCAUGCUGCGCCGUCGACCCAGUCUGGUUGACUAUCCGGCCCCAAAUGGAUAUCUGCCGCUGGCCAAUGCCAUAAUGCAGGGCGAGAUGUGCAUUAUCGAUGUCCUGCUCUCGGCCGGCUGCAGUGUCCAGCUGGGCAAUCCGCACAACGGACGCAGUCCGCUCCACCUGGCCUUCUAUCAUGGUCAUCUGCCCGCAGCGCGCAUUCUGCUGAACAAAAGGGCGCAGCUGGAGGCGACCGACUGCAAUGGGAUGACGCCCGCCCACUGUGCCGUGGAUGCCAAUCGGCUGGACAUGGUCAGGUUCGCACUGGAAGCGGGCGCCAAUCCGGAGGCGAGAGAUGACUGCCAGUGGACGUUGUUGAUGCGCGCAGUCGUCAUGGAUGCCAGCCUGGAGCUUAUCAAGCUGCUGGUUACCCACGGCGCCGACUUAACAGCUCGGGACGCUCUUGGCAAAAGUUGCAGCGAUUUGGCCAAACUUUAUCGCCGGCAACAAGCCGGGGAUUACUUCGACCAGGUGCACAGGUUUCGACGGGAGAAGGCGGCAACAACUGUGGCCAACACGCAACCGCAAAAGGAUUAAAUGCACGCGGCCGUUUAAUAGGAUAGAGCGUUU